AGAUUGCUUAGUGUAUUAUGAGAAAGAUGUAUUUGUUAAAAUUUAAAAUGAAGUCAUAAUGAAAAGAUUUCAGAGUAUAACACCUCGAAGACAAAGAUUGCCGCCUCUCAAUGAUUGUCCUUCAUUUGCCGCGUCAGGUUCUAAUCAAAAUUAAGGUACUCUUUAAGUAGUUGUUUUAUUUAAAUUUUAUAGUUUUGUUUAUUGCUAUAUAUUCAUGAUGUCUAUGAUUUUUUUUCUAGACUAGUAUAUCAUUUCUUUGUUAAUUGUGCCCCUGCGAGUCACAUGUCCUCGUUCCACCACCGACCGUCACAGUGACACUGCCGCCAGCACUGCUCAAUUACCGCCGCCGCACCGCCCAAUUACCUCUACCAGCCACCGCCUCCGGCAGCCACCAACUCCGGCCAACGACUGCAACCACGACACCCAAGCCCCUACCUCACCCAACCCCCUCCCCUGCAUAACCCCAACCCUCUCCCUUGCGUCACCCCAGCCUCUGCCUCACCCAGCCCCCUUUCCACAAGCCCCAGCGGACAGCCCCAUAGACUCUUCUGUAGCAGUCCAGCUCACCUCCAUAGCCGCCCACCGCCCAAAUCUGAAACCACGAAGCGUUGGCCAAGCAGUGACGACCAAGCAGCGGAGGAAGAGGCGGAUCCGGCUAUUUAGGCCCCUCUCCGACUUCAAGGACGGUGGAUCCGACAGAUCCGAGCCGUUGUCCACCGACUUUGGAGGAUCCGAGACCGGCAGCGAGAAGAAAGAUGAAGAAGAGAAACGAAAUUGAUGACGGGCGGCGUCUGCUGAUGGAGGCGGCAAGCUAUGUUAUCUUUGGCGGAGCUCCGGUGGAUGUGUGGAUCUGGAGAGGGAAGAAGACCCGUGAUGCGUAGAUCUGGGCGACUUGGUCUCUUCUCAAGCGAUGGAGAAGACGAAUCUCACGCCUUGUUGAAGAGUUGGGAUGCGGAUGGAGAAAACGGAUCUCACGAGGAGAAGAACGGGACGCGGGCACAAACCCCGACUUUGGAGGUCAAAACAAAGCCAACCAGCGCUGGCACCAGGCAGUCAGUCACCCUUGGGGCAGAACCAGAAACAAAGAAUGAACUCUCUAGCAAAGGAGCCCGAGUCUCCAAUCACUGACCUUGAUGAGCUCAAUGUCAGAUCGAAGCAUUGUGGACUUAGACAAAUCCGCAAGGACCAGCAUCACAAGGAGGCAUUGCCACGUCAUUCGCAGCAACGGAUAAGAUUCCGGAAUGCACACGCAUAACCACACGGGUAUUCUGGUGGCAUUCUGUUAGGAUUUGCUCCAAUCAGCCAGUUGUCCCGUGUGAAAUAAUGGAACAGGAUGCUCUCUAAGGAGCUCUAGCAGAUAUGUGACACCGUCCCCA